UGGGAGUGGGAGCUCGGGCUGGAAACUUGGUGGAGGAGAUAUUGGAUGCUCAACAGCAGCAGCACCAGCACCAGCAGGAGCAACUUAGCAGCGAAACGACGCGGGAGACCUGGCAGCAGCAAUUGCAGCAACGUGCAGCAGAUAAAAGUGGCUCGAACUGCAGCAGGACCCCUCCUCCCCCCUCCUCCAAGGAUGCUGCAUUGAUAGCUCUGGUGCACAAGUUGACAGGCCAAGCUUCUCCGGUUGAUAUGCCACUAGGAGCAGCAGCAGCAGCAGCGGCAGUGGCAGGAGCAGGAUCCAACUCAGGCUAG